AUGAACAUCUGGGUAGCAGCAUCGGACGGCCAGCUGGACGUGGUCAAGAACUUCAUCGAGAACGACGGCCUGUCGCCAAACGCCAAAGACGAAAACGGAUACACCCCCGUGCACGCAGCAGCCUCGUACGGCCACAUGGAUCUGCUCCGGUACUUGAUAGACAAGGGGGGCGACAUCAACGUGACCGACGAGGACGGCGAUACCGCUCUGCACACGGUCGAGGAGCUGGAGGUUGCCAAGAAGCUGGUGGAAGAGUUCAAGGCCGACUUCAAGGCCAAGAACUCGGACGGCCAGACGCCGUUUGAGAAACUGCAGGAAGAAGACGAGUUCCCGGAGUUGAUACACUACCUUGCUGGUCUGCAGGGCAUUGUUCUGGACACUCCCACGGCUGUUUCCGACGACAAAGAGAUGCCCGACGUCAAGUACUCGUUUGAAAACGAGGCCGACACCGAGGCCGAUCCCGAGAAGAAGAAGCAGAUCGAGGAGAUCAUGAAGAGCGACAACCCCGAGGCCGGUCUGCAGGAAUUUCUGCGAAACGCCAUCAAUGAGCAGCAGGCUGAGCAUGGAGAGGAGAAGCGACGGAAGGAGUAA